UUUCAGUUACCCACACAUUCGUUUGUCUUCAAUAAGGUUGAAACUUCCAUUCCAUUCUAGAUCAUUUAAUCCGGGUUCGUUAUGUUGACCUAUCUGCUCAUCAUGAGCUUUAUAUGUGCUCUCCAACCAGCCAUAUCAGCAGCCAAAAUGACAGUUACCAACGACAUGGUCUUCUCAGGGGAAACUGCUACUUUGACUUGCUCGGUAACUGCUAAUGAAGGUGAGACCGUGGGGGUGAAGAUGUGGAAAGAUUCUUCGGCUAAUAUAAUUGGAAGUACUGCAGGUGAUUCUGAGAUGAAUGAUGUUUCGUACAGGAUUGUUGAUUUAGAAACUACUAGCGAGCAGGUUUUUAGUUGGGCCAUAGAAGUUAAGUUGUUAACGAUGGAUAUGUCUUUGAUGUGCUGGGCAUUAGUAGGCGGUAAACCGGUUGAAGAAACAGGACAGAUUGAUGUGGUUGGCAUUACCAGUAGUAAAAACACAGUCACAUUAACAGGUGAGAGUACCUCAGUUUCGUGUAGUCUCACAGGCACAUCCUCUGAAGCAAGUAUCACAGUUCAAUGGUCUCAAAACAGCAGUCCCAUAACAGGAGAUGAAGGGUCCUACAGCUUGUCCACGGAUUUCUUGGGUUCUGAUAAGGUAGGGGUCUUCACUGCAAGUAGCAUCACUUCAGAUCAGACCUUCACCUGCACAUUCACUGGCAUUGGAGGUGGUUCUGUCAGCUCUACUGUGAAUAUUGAUCACGUGACCAUUACUCCCAACAGUUAUAACGUUACAGGUGAUGAGACCACCGGAACACUCUCCUGUGUCCUUUCUGGUGCAAACCAAGCUCCCAUUAAAACGAAAUGGCUUCGUAGUGAUGAGUCUGAAAUAACUGGGACUGACUCGGGGUUUGAGUUCCAUUCCUCAGUGCCUUAUGAGAACGGAGAAGAAACAUUCCUGUUGUUUGUUGAUCCUGCCACUGAGUCUAGCGAGUUUAUUUGCUGCUUUGAGUUCAUUGAAAAUGUUGGUAAGACUGCAGUUGCUUUGCUGGAGGUCUCUAGAGAAGAGGUGAUUGAGGAUGAAGGAGAAGGAGAAGGAGAAGGAGAAGGAGAAGGAGAAGGAGAAGGAGAAGGAGAAGGAGAAGGAGAAGGAGAAGGAGAAGGCGAAGGUCAAGGCGAAGGCGAAGGCGAAGGCGAAGGCGAAGGAGAAGGAGAAGGAGAAGGAGAAGGAGAAGGAGAAGGAGAAGGAGAAGGAGAAGGAGAAGGAGAAGGAGAAGGAGAAGGAGAAGGAGAAGGAGAAGGAGAAGGAGAAGGAGAAGGAGAAGGAGAAGGAGAAGGAGAAGGAGAAGGAGAAGAUGGAAAUGGAGCGAAAGAUGACAAAAAUAACUUCCUUGUGAUUCUGACGGGACUGGCGACAUCUCUCCUAGUUACAAAACAAGCAUUAGAUGCUUAAGAGCGGAAUCUCUACUUGAUAUGAAACAAGGCGCAAGCAUUAGGUAUUUGAGUAAAGACUUUAAUUCAUAAAUAUCACGAACGUGUUUCUGAUCGUAUAUGAAGCUAUUAGUUAUGAACUUUUCCAAGUCUAGAUUUGAACAAUAAGUAUUUUAGAUUAUUUACAGUAUGGUGAUUUUGUUGUUUGAGUAUUUUACCCUACUUCAUUUUUUAAGCAUGGACAGUUUUUGAACAAAAUAUGUAAACAUCUUCUGCACCGAUUACCAUUCAGUGCGCCAGUGAAUAUUCCGUUUUAUGCUAUAAAGUGAGUUGAUAUUUUUUGAAGUUUGAAGUGAAGAGUAAUUAAGUUUCUCUAUAUUAGUAAAUGCGAACUGUGAUUUGUUUCUUUGUCAAAUCUUUUAAGUUACAGAACUACAAAUGUCACUAUUUCCCGAAAACUAUAAAAUCUUACUACAUUUUAUCACAGUUAACACAGUGAAUUUCAAUUAGUUAUUAUUUAUUAUUU